AUGGCCCUGCCACUGACUAACCUCACCUCCCUGAUGGUAAUGGCAGCUAGUAACAACUGCCCCCUGGCAGCCACCUUCCUCAGGCAGGCUGGUGCCAAGUGUUUCCUCAGGAAUGAGGCAGGUGUUACAGGUGUGCAUGCAGCCAUGCAGGCUCGACACUGGAAGCUUGCAGAGUUGCUGCUGACACACCUGGGUGGCUGCCUCUACAUACCUGACUCUGCAGCAACACUGCCUCUACAUAUGCUACCAGAACAUCACAGCAACUACAUAGAAGAUGUUCUAUAUCACCAAGAAAAGCAUAAAUUAGAAGAUAUUAUAGAAAAUGCCAAAGAUAAAGAGGAAAAGGAUGAACUACAGGCAGUUCUUGACAUAUACAAGUAUUUGUAUAUUAGAUAUCGUGCACACACUACUAUGAGAGAAAGACAAUUGUCUGCUUCACCACCACAAGGAUCACUCAUCAGCUCAUACAGUCUUCUGGUGUCGUGCCGUAAUGGGCUGCUGCAGUUAACAUAUCUCUUGAUUACUGUGGGCGGUCUUAAUGUUGAUGUGGUGGUUGAUGCUACACACGACUCUACUGCCCUCCAUCAAGCUGCCUCCCACGGUAACUCAGCCAGCUUAGCCCUCCUCUUAAGUCUUGGUGCGAGCCCUUUAAAACAGGACCGCUAUGGCCAUACCCCUGCCCACUUUGCUGCCAUGUUUGGUCAUGAUACAAGUUAUGAACAGUUAAAGGUACACAUGUUAGAUCAACCACCAUUGAGUGUUGCUGGGACAAUACCCAGCGAGGUUAGUGCUAACUUUACAGACUAUUUGUAUCGUUAUAGAAAAAUUGAAACUAACUCGGAAAGUGCAGUGGUGUUCAACAAUCCAUCCGAAGCGAUCAAGAAGAUACUAAACUUUAUUAAUAUAAGGGAUGUCUUGGGAAACUUAAACAACAUCACUGUUGACUUUACUAAAGGUGAAGCUAUGAGGGUGAAAAUGGCUCUGACCAAUGAAGUGCAAAUCAUAAUGGAUAAAAUCAGUAGUGUUGACAGCUUGUAUAAAGGUGAACUCACAACUGUUGGGAGUUCAUCAGAUGGCAGCCGCUUAUAUGCACCUGAUGAGUAUGAUAUAAGUGUUGUGCUUUCUAAUAUCCCAGGAGUUGAUAUAGAAAUUGUUGAGCAAAAUUCCCAACAAGCAGCUCUGAGUGGACACAGACUGAGAGUUGUUGUAAAAUCAGAACAUCCAAGACUACAAGGAAAUGCUUUGAUAAACACAUUUUACGAGUUAGUGAGAAGUUGCCUUGAAACUCAUGCGAUUGAAAACCGUCAAUUAAGUCUAGUGCCUCCAGGAGUGACAAGAACUCAGGUAGGAGUGUCCUUAACAUUUGCAUGGCAGGGAAAGGAUUAUCCACUUCUGUUGAUGAAACAUAGACUUGGUUCCCGUGUUGGCUGUCCCAUGGCCUCCAGAAGUGAGAAGACCACCACUGACGCCAGACAACAUCACCAAGUGUACCUCAGUAAUACAGCUGAUGGUGAAUGGCGUUGUAGCUUUGCCGGAGCCGAGGCUGAAGUACUGAGCCGCUUGAGCUCACAGGAGCGUCAGGUUUAUAUAGCCUGCAAAACUCUUCUCUCGCACCUCAAGGCUGAACCUUGGAUGCCCAAGGAAGUGAAAAACAAUUACAUUUGGUGGGACUCAAGAAGAUGGAAAAUUAAAUCGAAAUUCCAGCAGUAG